AUGGCAAAGUUGCUUCACACCUUUUGGGCAUUCCUUUUAAACGUUUUCGGACUUCAGAUCUUCGGAACAUGUUUCGCCAACGCCAUGGAAGACGAAGACUGCGAAUCGCUCAUUUUAGGAUCACCAUUUAGCUCGAUCCUCUUCACUAUCGGUGUAUAUAUUAUUAUUGCUAAUUCUACAUUGUUUCCACCGUAUUUACACGAGCCAAAAUUAGUUUUUCUAGCGUUGUACGAGUUUCUAGCCACCGCAUUUAUCUUGGAAUUUGCGUUGGCUUGUAUUUGGACACCGAUCGAUGUGCUUUUAACCAAGACACUGCCGUUCAAUAUAUCCUACAUGUUUCGACAACUUGGCUUGGAAGAAGCAGCGAUUUCGUUUGCAACGAAUAAAUGUUUGACGAUGAUCAUGACUUAUACCGCAGCAAUCGUGUUUCUCUUGCUUACGCUUCAUAUCACGGAUUCUGUCGAUUACACUUUACUUAGAGAUUUUGGAAUAUCCCUUUUCGCGACUCAUCUAAUGGGAAACUUGAGAGCGAGAUUGCAACAAGAGCUUCCAUUCUUGAACAAAGGAACCGAAGUUUGUCGUUGCAAAGUUCGUAGAAGAAAACGUAGUAAAAGUAACAGAUAA